AUGACUUACAAGCUCAGUUGCUGUGAUGAUGGGUCCGGUGUAACAGUAGGGACGAUAUUACGGUUUGAAUUUGCCACAAUUUUGAUUGACCCCGGGUGGAAUAAUAAAAAAGUCUCGUACGAAGAAUGUGUUCGCUAUUGGUCUAACAUUAUACCAGAAGUUGAUAUAGUAUUGUUGUCUCAACCGACAAUUGAAUGCAUAGGGGCAUAUACACUACUUCAUUAUAACUUUCUGUCGCACUUCAUAUCGAGAAUUGAGGUAUAUGCUACGUUGCCCGUGACAAAUCUUGGAAGGGUGUCUACUAUCGACUUAUAUGCAUCAAAAGGAGUCAUAGGACCUUAUACUACAAAUCAAAUGAAUGUGGAAGACAUUGAAAAAUCAUAUGAUCACGUUAAAGCACUAAAAUUCUCCCAAAUGGUAGAUUUAAAAUCAACGUUUGAUGGGUUGUCGUUAGUUGCAUACAAUUCAGGCUAUACCACUGGUGGUUCAAUAUGGUGUAUUAUGACACAUUCUGAAAAGCUUCUUUAUGCACGUAGAUGGAAUCAUACGAAAAAUAACAUUUUAGACGCAUCUGCUUUGUUAGGCCCAGGUGGGAAACCGUCAUCAGCGCUAAUGAGACCUUCUGCGAUUAUAACUACCUUAGACAGGUUUGGCUCUCCAAAACCGUACAAGAAACGAUCAAAAAUGUUCAAAGACCUUUUAAGAAAAUCAGUAACUUCCGGUGGAUCAGCCGUCAUACCUGUAGAAAUUGGUGAAAACUUUCUAGACUUAUUAGUUCUAGUUCAUGAUUUUUUAUAUGAAAACUCCAAGUCCGGGCUUAUUUCUCAACUGAACAUACUUUUAGUUUCUUAUUCAAAGGGUAGGAUAGUAACCUAUGCGAAGUCCAUGUUGGAAUGGCUUUCCUCUUCAGCAAUCAAAACCUGGGAAUCCAGGGAUAGCUCUUCGCCAUUUGAACUGGGGAAAAACUUCAACGUAAUAUUACCAAGUGAGAUAUCAAAAUAUCCUGGAUCGAAAAUUUGUUUUGUGUCUCAACUAGAGCCCAUGAUGGAUGAAGUUAUCGAAAAUUUAGGGCAAAAUGAAACCAGUACAAUAUUAUUAACAUCAAAAGUCAACCGUUCUGAAAUUGUCAGCGAAAUUUACAAGGAGUGGACGCAACUGUGUAAGAAACCUAGCGUAGAGGAGGGCCAAAUACUCCCAUAUUCCAGUUCAGUACUUUUAAAAAAAGUGAAUAUCGAACCACUAAGGGGACAUGAUCUUGACGAAUUCAAAAAGUCGAUAGAAGAGAGGAAGGAAAAAAGAUCUAAGAGUGAAUUGUUAUUAAGGAAAGAAGCCAAAAAUCCUGCUAAAUCUUUAAAUACAGACCGUGUCAAUGGAGGCUCCAUGGAUGGUGACACGUCCCAGAGCAAAGCAAUUGACGAAGACGAUGAUGAGGAAGAAGAAGAAGAAGAAGAAGAUAACCUUCUCAGAAUUUUGAAGGGCCAAAGUGGAGAUAAGUUGAGCGGUGUAAUUGAAUAUCCAGUUGACACCUAUGUACAGACCACCUCAACUCCCAAAAACAAGAUGUUUCAGUUUAACCCAAGAAAAGAGAAAAGAGACGAUUAUGGUACAAUAGUCGAUUAUAGUAUGUUUAUUUCUAAAGAAGAAGAAGAAGAAGAAUCUAAAAAUGCAAAUAAAAGACCACAGGAGUCGCAGAACGUUUCCAAUAAUUUAUCAAAACGUUCCCGUAGAGACACUAAUGUAAUGAAUGGCUCAACUCGCAAUGCUGAAAAUUUUGACAAUAUCGACUAUCUUAACACAGAUAAGGAUGCAAUGAAAAUAGCGCUCGCAAAUGAACAAGUCAUUCUAAAUUGCUCUAUUGCAUUUAUAAAUAUGGAAAACGUUGUAGAUCAAAGGUCUACCAGUAUUAUUUGGCCGUCAUUAAAACCCAAAAAGAUGAUACUUUUGGCUCCUGAGACAUUUCAAGAUCAAAAUACCGUGACAUUAAUGGAAAAGAAGGGCAUUGAAAUGUUCGCACCACAAUUGAAUGAAUACAUUGAAUUCAGUACAACCAUCAAGGCCCUUGAUAUAUCAUUGGAUCCAGAAUUAGACAAACUAUUGAAGUGGCAGAAAAUUGGUGAUGACCAUACUGUUGCACACGUUGUUGGUAGAGUAGUCAGAGACACUAUACAUAACAGUAUGAGAAAUAAACUGGUUCUAAAACCAAUCAGUUCCGGGACAAAAAUGCAUACAAAGAGUGGCUUACUUUCUAUCGGUGAGGUAAGGUUAGCAGAAGUCAAGAGAAAACUAACAGAACAAGGUCACGUUGCUGAGUUUCAAGGUGAGGGUACCCUAGUAGUGAACAACGAAGUCAUGGUAAGAAGGAUAAGUGAUGGUGAGACGAUAAUAGACGGUUCGCCAUCCGAAUUGUUUGAUAUCGUCAAGAAAUCCAUAACGGAGAUGCUGGCCAAAGUGUAA